AUGCGUGAGAAAGUCAUUCCUUCAAGGGCCAAUCCUCGAUAUCAUUAUCAGGUCUGCCGUGCCGCGCAGCUGGGAAGGGGAGAAGGAGGGGGAGAGGAGGAGAGGGGAAUGGAGUGGAGGGGUGGGGAGGGGAGGGGAGGGGAGGGAAGUAGCAGCGGAACAGGGAGCGGGGAAUGGGCCCCCACAUGUCCGCCUGUCCGUGCUCUCACCCCCCACCUGCCCGUCCGUGCUCUCACCCCCCACCUGCCCGCCAGUGUGCGCACUCACCUGCCCGCCAAUGUGCGCACUCAUCUGCCCGCCAGUGUGCGCACUCACCUGGCCGCGUCAAGACACGAGGUGCAGGUGACCGCUGGACAGCCCCAGAAGAAUGUGAUCCUCGUCUGCCACCAUGUAGUUGCUGCCCGGGGGUGA